AUGGGCAACCCAGGGGCUGUAUAUGCUAUAGUAGUAUAUGGGGCAAAGGAUUUAGCUCAUGCUAUGACAAUCACUGAUCAAUCAAACCCAGAUGCAGAUAAAGAAGAAGAUAAGGACUCAGAUGUG